AAUGUACACCUAUGUAUGCCCUGUGAGUCCAAAGUGAAAAGUCCUGGUCUGUUGUCAUGGUUACUGUCCCUCCCUUUAACUCCUCCCACCUGCCCAGCAUCCAUCUCAGGUAAAGUUCUGACUGCAGGUAAACUGGUUCUACUGGUUCUCCUUUACCUGCCUCCAUCUCAGAGCCUGUUUUCUUCAGACAGAGAGGACAGAGUCCCUCCCUCUAAAACCACUCUGUGUGGAGAACAUGAGGACCAGAGCAAAGCUCAGAGGAAACUAACAGAACCAGAACCUGGACCAGAACCCAGCUGUGUGUCCUUAAAGAGCAACAUGUCAAAGGAUGCCAUCCUUGAUUUUAAAUCACAGCAAUCUCCAGCAGCAAACAGGAUCCAACAGAACCUCAAACCAGAACCAGAACCCAGCUGUGUUUCCUUAAAGAGUGACAGGUCAAAGGGUCGCCUUAUCGAUUUUAAAUCAGACCGACCUUCAGCUGCAAAGAGAGUGGACCAGCAGAACUCAGAGGUUCCCAGUGCUCCAUCUGCCCAGCAGCAUCACACCCAGCUGGACUCCAUAUUUAUGCUGCUGGAGGAAAACAUUGUUAGUUUUGUGAAGAAGGAGCUGAAAAAGAUCCAGAAGGUUCUGAGUCCAGAUGAACCAGAAGGCUUAGAGAGUCAGCAGGAGGAUGAGGAGCAUAUGAGGAGCAGCAGAGAGGCUUUGGUCAAGAUCACACUGAAUUUCCUAAGCAGGAUGAAACAGGAGGAGCUGGUUGAACGUCUGCAGAGCAAGCUUUUGGCUUCAGUUUUUCAACGUAAACUUAAAUCCAGUCUGAAGCAGAGGUUCCAGUCUGUGUUUGAGGGGAUCGCUAAAGCAGGAAGUCCAACCCUUCUGAACCAGAUCUACACAGAGCUCUACAUCACAGAGGGAGGGACUGGGGGGGUCAAUGAUGAACAUGAGGUCAGACAGAUUGAAACAGCAUCCAGGAAACCAACCAGACCAGAAACAACAAUCAGACAAGAAGACAUCUUUAAAGUCCCACCUGGAAGAGAUCAGCCAAUCAGAACAGUGAUGACUAAGGGAGUGGCUGGCAUUGGGAAAACAGUCUUAACACAGAAGUUCACUCUGGACUGGGCUGAAGGCAAAGCCCACCAGAACAUCCAGUUCAUAUUUCCAUUCACCUUCAGAGAGCUGAAUGUGCUGAGAGAGAAAAAGUUCAGCUUGGUGGAACUUGUUCAUCACUUCUUCACUGAAACCAAAGGAAUCUGCAGCUUUGAUCACUUCCAGGUUCUGUUCAUCUUUGAUGGUCUGGAUGAGAGUCGACUUCCUCUGGACUUCCACAACAAGGAGAUCCUGACUGACGUUACAGAGUCCACCUCAGUGGAUGUUCUGCUGACAAACCUCAUCAGGGGGAAACUGCUUCCCUCUGCUCUCCUCUGGAUAACCACACGACCUGCAGCAGCCAAUCAGAUCCCUCCUGAGUGUGUUGGCAUGGUGACAGAGGUCAGAGGGUUCCAGGACCCACAGAAGGAGGAGUACUUCAGGAAGAGAUUCAGAGAUGAGGAGCAGGCCAGCAGGAUCAUCUCCCACAUCAAUAGAUCUAGAAGCAUCCAGAUAAUGUGCCACGUUCCAGUCUUCUGCUGGAUCACUGCUACGGUUCUGGAGGAUGUGGUGGAGACCAGAGAGGGAGGAGAGAUGCCCAACACCCUGACUGAGAUGUACAUCCACUUCCUGGUGGUUCAGACCAAAGUGAAGAAGAUCAAGUAUGAUGGAGGAGCUGAGACAGAUCCACACUGGAGUCCAGAGGGCAGGACGAUGAUCGAGUCUCUGGGAAAACUGGCUUUUGAUCAGCUGCAGAAAGGAAACCUGAUCUUCUAUGAAUCAGAACUGACAGAGUGUGGCAUCGAUAUCAGAGCAGCCUCAGUUUACUCUGGAGUGUUCACACAGAUCUUUAAAGAGGAGAGAGGACUGUACCAGAACCAGGACAAGGUGUUCUGCUUCGUCCAUCUGAGUGUUCAGGAGUUUCUGGCUGCUCUUCACGUCCAUCGGACCUUCAUCACUCAUGGAAUCAAUCUUAUGGAAGAACAUAAACACCUUUCUUUUUGGUCAAAACUAUUUAACAACCCAAAUCUAACAUAUCUCCAUCAGAGUGCUGUAGACAAGGCCUUACAGAGUCCAAAUGGACACCUGGACUUGUUCCUGCGCUUCCUCCUGGGUCUUUCACUGCAGACCAAUCAGACUCUCCUACAAGGUCUGAUGACAAAGACCGAAAGUAUCUCACUGACCAAUCAGGAAACAGUUCAGUACAUCAGGAAGAAGAUCAAUGAGAAUCUGUCUGCAGAGAAAAGCAUCAACCUGUUCCACUGUCUGAAUGAACUGAAUGAUCGUUCUCUGGUCCAGAUCCAACAGGCUCUGAGAUCAGGAAGUCUCUCCACAGAUAAACUGUCUCCUGCUCAGUGGUCAGCUCUGGCCUUCAUCUUAGUGACAUCAGGAGAAGAUCUGGAUGAGUUUGACCUGAAGAAAUACGCUGCUUCAGAGGAGGCUCUUCUCAGGCUGCUGCCAGUGGUCAAAGCUUCAAACAAAGCUCUACUGAAUGACUGUAACCUCUCAGAGAGAAGCUGUGAAGCUCUGGCCUCAGUUCUCAGCUCCCAGUCCUCUAAUCUGAGAGAGAUGGAUCUGAGGAACAACAAGCUGCAGGAUUCUGGAGUGGAGCUGCUGUUUUCUGGAUUGAAGAGUCCAAACUGCAAACUGGAAACUCUCAGACUGAAUGACUGUAACCUCUCAGAGAGAAGCUGUGAGGCUCUGGCCUCAGUUCUCAGCUCCCACUCCUCUAAUGUGAGAGAGAUGGAUCUGAGUAACAACAAGCUGCAGGAUUCUGGAGUGAAGCUGCUGUCUUCUGGACUGAAGAGUCCAAACUGCAAACUGGAAAUUCUCAGACUUAGGUCCUGUAGCCUCUCAGAGAGAACUUGUAAAGUUCUGUUAUCAGCUCUUAGCUCCAAGUCCUGCUGUCUGAGAGAGAUUGACCUGGAGAACAAUAACCUCCACGAUUCUGGGGAGAAGUUGCGGGAUUACCUGAAGAAAUACUCUGCUUCAGAAGAGGCUCUUCUCGUGCUGCUGCCAGUGGUCAAAGCUUCAAAAACAGUUUUACUGAAUGACUGUAACCUCUCAGAGAGAAGCUGUGAAGCUCUGGCCUCAGUUCUCAGCUCCCAGCCCUCUAAUCUGAGAGAGAUGGAUCUGAGUAACAACAAGCUGCAGGAUUCUGGAGUGGAGCUGCUGUUUUCUGGACUGAACAGUCCAAACUGCAAACUGGAAUCUCUCAGACUGAAUGACUGUAACCUCUCAGAGAGAAGCUGUGAAGUUCUGGCCUCACUUCUCAGCUCCCAGUCCUCUAAUCUGAAAGAGAUGGAACUGAGUAACAACAAGCUGCAGGAUUCUGGAUUGAAGCUGCUCUCCUAUGGUCUGAAGAGUCCAAAUUGCAAACUGGAAACUCUCAGACUGAAUGACUGUAACCUCUCAGAGAGAAGCUAUGAGGUUCUGGCCUCAGUUCUCAGCUCCCAGUCCUCUAAUCUGAGAGAGAUGGAUCUGAGUAACAACAAGCUGCAGGAUUCUGGAGUGGAGCUGCUGUUUUCUGGACUGAACAGUCCAAACUGCAAACUGGAAAUUCUCAGACUUAGGUCCUGUAGCCUCUCAGAGAGAACUUGUGAAGUUCUGUUAUCAGUUAUCAGCUCCAAAUCCUGCUGUCUAAGAGAGAUUGACCUGGAGAACAAUAACCUCCAAGAAUCAGGAGAAAAGUUGCGGGAUUAUCUGAAGAAGUGCUCUGCUUCAGAGGAGGCUCUUCUCAGGCUGCUGCCAGUGGUCAAAGCUUCAAAAAAAGUUCUACUGAAUGACUGUAACCUCUCAGAGAAAAGCUGUAAGGUUCUGGCCUCAGUUCUCAGCUCCCAGUCCUCUAAUGUGAGAGAGAUGGAUCUGAGUAACAACAAGCUGCAGGAUUCUGGAGUGGAGCUGCUGUCUUAUGGACUGAAGAGUCCAAACUGCAAACUGGAAACUCUCAGACUUAGGUCCUGUAGCCUCUCAGAGAGAACUUGUGAAGUUCUGUUAUCAGUUCUUAGCUCCAAAUCCUGCUGUCUAAGAGAGAUUGACCUGGAGAACAAUAACCUCCAAGAAUCAGGAGAAAAGUUGCGGGAUUAUCUGAAGAAGUGCUCUGCUUCAGAGGAGGCUCUUCUCAGGCUGCUGCCAGUGGUCAAAGCUUCAAAAAAAGUUCUGCUGAAUGACUGUAACCUCUCAGAGAAAAGCUGUAAGGUUCUGGCCUCAGUUCUCAGCUCCCAGUCCUCUAAUGUGAGAGAGAUGGAUCUGAGUAACAACAAGCUGCAGGAUUCUGGAGUGGAGCUGCUGUCUUCUGAACUGAAGAGUCCAAACUGCAAACUGGAAACUCUCAGACUUAGGUCCUGUAGCCUCUCAGAGAGAACUGUUGAAGUUCUGUUAUCAGUUCUUAGCUCCAAAUCCUGCCGUCUGAGAGAGAUUGACCUGGAGAACAAUAACCUCCGAGAAUCAGGAGAAAAGUUGCGGGAUUAUCUGAAGAAAUACUCUGCUUCAGAGGAGGCUCUUCUCAUGCUGCUGCCAGUGGUCAAAGCUUCAAAAAAAGUUCUGCUGAAUGACUGUAACCUCUCAGAGAAAAGCUGUAAGGUUCUGGCCUCAGUUCUCAGCUCCCAGUCCUCUAAUGUGAGAGAGAUGGAUCUGAGUAACAACAAGCUGCAGGAUUCUGGAGUGGAGCUGCUGUCUUCUGAACUGAAGAGUCCAAACUGCAAACUGGAAACUCUCAGACUUAGGUCCUGUAGCCUCUCAGAGAGAACUUGUGAAGUUCUGUUAUCAGUUCUUAGCUCCAAAUCCUGCUGUCUAAGAGAGAUUGACCUGGAGAACAAUAACCUCCGAGAAUCAGGAGAAAAGUUGCGGGAUUACCUGAAGAAGUGCUCUGCUUCAGAGGAGGCUCUUCUCAGGCUGCUGCCAGUCGUCAAAGCUUCACAAAAAGUUCUGCUGAAUGACUGUAACCUCUCAGAGAAAAGCUGUAAGGUUCUGGCCUCAGUUCUCAGCUCCCAGUCCUCUAAUGUGAGAGAGAUGGAUCUGAGUAACAACAAGCUGCAGGAUUCUGGAGUGGAGCUGCUGUCUUCUGAACUGAAGAGUCCAAACUGCAAACUGGAAACUCUCAGACUUAGGUCCUGUAGCCUCUCAGAGAGAACUUGUGAAGUUCUGUUAUCAGUUCUUAGCUCCAAAUCCUGCCGUCUGAGAGAGAUUGACCUGGAGAACAAUAACCUCCAAGAAUCAGGAGAAAAGUUGCGGGAUUAUCUGAAGAAAUACUCUGCUUCAGAGGAGGCUCUUCUCAUGCUGCUGCCAGUGGUCAAAGCUUCAAAAAAAGUUCUGCUGAAUGACUGUAACCUCUCAGAGAAAAGCUGUAAGGUUCUGGCCUCAGUUCUCAGCUCCCAGUCCUCUAAUGUGAGAGAGAUGGAUCUGAGUAACAACAAGCUGCAGGAUUCUGGAGUGGAGCUGCUGUCUUCUGAACUGAAGAGUCCAAACUGCAAACUGGAAACUCUCAGACUUAGGUCCUGUAGCCUCUCAGAGAGAACUUGUGAAGUUCUGUUAUCAGUUCUUAGCUCCAAAUCCUGCCGUCUGAGAGAGAUUGACCUGGAGAACAAUAACCUCCAAGAAUCAGGAGAAAAGUUGCGGGAUUAUCUGAAGAAAUACUCUGCUUCAGAGGAGGCUCUUCUCAUGCUGCUGCCAGUGGUCAAAGCUUCAAAAAAAGUUCUGCUGAAUGACUGUAACCUCUCAGAGAAAAGCUGUAAGGUUCUGGCCUCAGUUCUCAGCUCCCAGUCCUCUAAUGUGAGAGAGAUGGAUCUGAGUAACAACAAGCUGCAGGAUUCUGGAGUGGAGCUGCUGUCUUCUGGACUGAAGAGUCCAAACUGCAAACUGGAAACUCUCAGACUUAGAUCCUGUAACCUCUCAGGUAGAACUUGUGUAGUUCUGUCAUCAGUUCUGAGGUCCAAGUUCUGUUUUCUGAAAGAAGUUGAUCUGAAGAAUAACAACCUCCAAGAUUCAGGGCAGAAGUUUCUGUCUGGUUCAGACUGGACUCUGGAAAUAUUCAGGGAGCCUGAUGGAGUCAGAUGGUUGAAACCAGAUCUGAAGAAGUAUUCCUGUCAGCUCACAAUCGACACAAACACAGUGAGCAGAAACCUGAAACUGUCUGAAGACAACAGGAAGGUGACACAUGUGAGGGAGCUUCAGUCAAAUCCUGAUCAUCUAGACAGAUUUGAUCACUGGUAUCAGCUGCUGUGCAGUGAUGGUCUAAAUAGUCGCUGUUACUGGGAGGUUGAGUGGAAAGGAAGAGUUACUAUAUCAGUGAGUUACAGAAGAAUCAGGAGGAAAGGAGAAAGUUAUGACUGUUUGUUUGGAUGGAAUGAUCAUUCCUGGAGUCUGAGCUACUCUGAAAGUGGUUACUCUGUCAGGCACAACAAGAAGAUUACACCCAUCUCCUACUCCUCUUCCUCCUCCUCCUCUGUCUCUAACAGAGUAGCAGUGUAUAUGGACUGUCCUGCUGGCAUUCUGUCCUUCUACAGAGCCUCCUCUAACUCACUAAUCCACCUCUUCACCUUCAACACCAAAUUCAAUGAACCUCUUUAUCCUGGAUUAUUCAUCUAUCCUGGUUCCUCAGUUUUUCUGUGUUGAGUCUAAAGAGUCUCCUCCCAUCAGAGAAACUCUCACACUGGUGAAAAGGAUCCAAAGCUGUGAUUAUUUUUCCAGUCAUAGCUUUAUAUUGGGAUUUUCCACGAUGUGCUUCCGGUGCUAUGCCAAGGCUUCUGCUGGAGUUAGUUCUGUAAUGGUUCCUUUCCCAGAUAAAGAGGGUGCCUCCUCAGAAUCUGUGGGCUGUGAAGAUCAGGGUUCCUGGAACUGAUUAGUGAUGAAAAAUGAUGAUGUGAGUGGAGCUGCUGUUUGAACUGCCCUGCUGGUUGUUCAGUUCCUCACUGUCAGUAUCUGCUAUGUUUUAAUAAGCCAGAUCAUUUCCCAAUAGACUUCAAUAUUGAAAUAUUGGACAAUAACACAGGAUGUACUGCCAGUUUUAUGAUUUUUAUUUAAAAAUAUUUGCAACAUUUAAAAAAAAUAUUGAAAACCUUUAAUCCAAAUUAAUCUGUUUCAUCAACAGUUUUUAUCAAAUAAAAUGGUGAUCAAUAAAUCUAAGUGUUUUAGUAAUGAAGUUUUAUCUAUUUUUAUCAGAAACAAAUAUUAGACAUGAUUAAAGUGGAUUCUGUCAAUUCUUUGUUCAGAAGGUUUUAACCUCUCUGUGCCCCCCUUUACAGUCUCUGCAUUUCAUUGAAAAUUGGAUUAUUGGAAAUAAGAUAUGUACUUAUUGAAACACUAGUUCAGAUGUCAUCAGGCUUUACAUUCCACCUUGCAGUUAAUUAUUGUUAUCUGUUCUAAAAUGACCUAAUUAAACUUCCAAGCAGUGCCUGUUGGCCAUUAGAGGGCGUAAGGGCGCCACCCCUUCUCAGUUCACGACAUAAAAAAACUAAUUAAAAUUAAAUUAUAAAUUUAAAAUAUUUCUAAAAUUUUCUAUUCAAUCUUUAAUAACAAGUUAAGCGCUGUUUAAUUUUUCGUCAAAUUGGUGAUGUAUUUUCGCCAUAGGGCCCAAAAUUAUUUGCCCAUUGGCCCUGCUCGAAUUCAUGGGAAUCUGGUUUAGAAGGCCAGAUUCGAUGGACGAUGACGUCAUAGCACGGCGCCGAGGUCUGGUCGGAUUCCAAGACUCCUCGUCAUGCGACCUUAAAAUGCAUCCUUCUUUUUGCCCGA